CUCAGACAGUUGGACGUCACCACCAACCCGGCUACUGGCACCAUCUCAUAACCAUGGACCGCUCUCUGACUCACAGAUUCCGGUCGUCAUUUUUCACCUCUCCACUCACCCAUUUGCAAAAUCGCCAUACACCCCUAACCACCGGACCCGUGCCCGCAUUUCAAGGCCGUCGAACUCAUUCUCUGACAACCAUGGCUGCAAAGAAAAUCGGUGGAGUGGGCCAAGAGUUGAACUUGAUUGCUUCCCAGAAGCUUGACUAUGCUGCUGCUCGCAGGAGGGUUCGAUCGGCUUUCAUGGAGGUGCAGCAGAACCUUGAUCAUCUCUUGUUCAAGAGGGCUCCAGACGGUAUAAGAACAAAGGAGUGGAUUGAAAGGAAUUCGAAGGGAUUGGAGGUUUUUUUUAGAAGCUGGAUGCCAGAAUCAGGUGUUAGAAUUAAGGGUGCUGUCUUUUUUUGCCAUGGUUAUGGUGAUACUUGCACCUUUUUCUUUGAAGGUAUUGCUAAACAUAUUGCGGCCUCUGGGUAUGGUGUUUAUGCUAUUGAUCAGACUGGUUUUGGCCUUUCUGAAGGAUUGCAUGGUUACAUCCAUAGUUUUGAUGAAUUAGCUGAUAAUGUUAUUGAACAAUAUGAGAAGAUCAAAGGAAGACCUGAAUUGAGAGGGUUACCCUGUUUCAUUUUUGGACAGUCCAUGGGUGGAGCCAUUACCCUCAAAGUUCACUUCAGGGAUCCACAUGGAUGGGAUGGACUGAUCCUCGUAGCACCAAUGUGUAAAAUUUCAGAAGAUGUGCUUCCCCCAGCAGCGGUUUUGAAGGCAAUGACCUUUCUAUCCAAAGUUUUCCCAACGGCAAAGCUAGCCCCUCAGAUAGAUCUAGCUGAACUGGCCUUCAGAGAGCCAUCAAAAAAGGAAAUGGCUGUGUACAAUGUGAUAUGUUACAAUGACCGAAUGCGAUUAAGAACUGCUGUAGAACUGCUAAAUGCCACCAGGGAUAUUGAGAUGAAUGUGGAGAAGGUUUCAGCUCCGUUACUGAUCAUUCAUGGAGCUGCAGAUAAGGUGACAGAUCCUAUGGUGAGCCGGUUUCUUUAUGAGAAAGCCUCCAGCAAGGACAAAACUCUGAAGCUAUAUGAAGACGGCUAUCACUGCAUUCUGGAAGGGGAACCUGAUGAUAGAAUUCUUACAGUCCUUAAUGAUAUUAUUGCUUGGCUGGAUGCUCGGUGCUUGGAUAAGUAAAUUUGGUUACAUGCUUUGACUCUUUAUUCGGUGUCACUCAACAUUCCACUUCCCUUCCUCUGUGGCAAUGUCACUGCUUAUAUCCAAUAUGUCUCUCGUUACCCUUAGGAGUUUCUGCUACCAUUGUUUCACUAGUGCUCAAAAAUCAAAAUCUUGGGUUAGGUUGAUGUUUUCCAUUAGUUUCCUCCAAACUAUCUAGUAGUUGGCAAUAGAUCAAUAAACAAAUGUCAACUGAUGUAGUUUUUCAUAUUAUUCAGGGGAGAGAUUAAUCCACUUUGCGGCCAUAAACAUUCCUUAACUAGGAAUAUAAAAGGGGAUAUGCAUUCCAUUGUUUAAAAUAUAAUUUUCAGUUGUAAAAGUCCCCGCAAUUGUAUUCUUUCAUUUUGAGUGGAUAUUGUUGAUUCUUCUAACAUAAAUGAGACUUUGUUAG